ACAAAGCUCCGCCGCUGCUCAGCGUGAACGCGCUUUUCCAUGCGGUUCAAUAAAGAAUCAAAAGCGGCAGGAAUUUUUUUUUUUACGGAGCUGGUGAUGCACAGGCAUGACGCCGCGGCUGCACAGGGACGCACUGACCGGCGCUGUCCACUCAUCUGAGCGUCCAGAGGCGGCCAGAGGCUCCGGUUCCGCGUCCAGAGGCUCCGGUUCUCCCCUCAGGAGCUGCGCUCUUUGUCAGAACCUGCAGGCGCGUUUGUGGAUUUUUUUUUUUUCCUUUCAUUUUUUUCUGAAUGAAAACGCUCCUAAAACAGAAGGUUGUUGGAUUUAAUCCGGUUGCGUUUUUUAUUUUGAGUCUUUUUGUUUUGUUUUCCUCUGCUGCGGUUUCACGUUUCUGUUGAACUGAGUCCUCUUUUGUUCGGAGAACAGAAGGCGUCGGAUGCUGCAGGUCAUCACUCUGAGCUGCUCUCCAAUCACUGAACAUCUCCACCGAAGCUUCAUUUUCUUUUUCUUCACGUGGCCGUGAGAGUGUGGACACUUUGCCUCUGGGGCGUCUCGCCUGCGCGUAUAGGGAGAUAUUUGGACAGCCAUAGGUCAUUUUCCCAAUUUUCUCCCCCGUGGAAGCAGGGACUCUUGCUGCCGGCGUCCAGAGGCUUUUGUGCGGGGCUGAACUGCUCGUCCCGGACCAGGUUGGCCUGUCCCGGGUCCAGCUCGGUGUGGACCGGGGUGACGCACCAUGCCGGAGUGCGUGUCGGUGCCGGAGUUCGUGCAGGAGGUCCAGGAGGACUGGAGCUCCCCCACCACCUCCUCCUUCACCUCCAAGAUGACGAGCUGCAGGAACACCAUCUACCUGCUGGAGGAGGCUUUGGACAGCGACCGGUUGGUGCUGCAGAAGAUGAAGAAAGCAGCGAAAGCCAAGUACACCUCGGGCCAAGACCACGUGGCUCACCUGGAGCAGUACAUCAACUCCAUGGAGAAGCUCUCCGUCAACUGCCACUCCAACGGUGAGACGGAGGUCGGCUCCGCCUUCUGCCGCCUGGCCGAUUUCUCCAAAGACCUCCUGUCUCCCAUGAAGAACCUGAGCAUGCUCCACAACAUCAACUUCUUCCUGGACUCUCUGGUUAAAGGAGACCUGCGGGAGGUGAAGGGGGACCUGAAGAAGCCUUUUGACAGAGCAUGGAGAGACUAUGAAAGCAGAUUCAAGCAGGUGGAGAAGGAGAAGAGGGAGUUAGCCCGCCAGUAUGGGAUGGUUAGGAGUGAGGUGAGCGGAGGAGAAAUCGCUGAGGAGCUAGAGAAGGAGAGGCGCUCCUUCCAGCUGAGCAUGUGUGAGUAUCUCAUUAAAGUAAACGAGAUCAAGACAAAAAGAGGCGUCGACCUCCUUCAGAACCUCAUUAAACACUACCACAGUCACAACAACUUCUUGCAGGAGUGCGUCUCCACCAAUCAGAGGUUGAAGCAGUACAUCGAAGAGCUGAACGGCGUGCUGACCACGGUGAAGCAGCGUCAGGAGGAGGAGAAGAGGCAGCUCUGCGCUCUCAGAGACCAGCUGAGGCCGGUCGUCCACACAGAUCAGGACUCCUUACCAAAGCAGGUGUACAGUAUGCAUCAGCUGCUGGGAGACAAACAAUAUGGAACAGAGAGAACGGGAUUCCUCUACAAAAAGAGCGACGGGCUGAGGAAGAUGUGGCAGAAGAGGAAAUGCUCUGUUCACAACUGUUACCUGACCAUAGCACACGCAACACCUAAUAAAGCCCCUACCAGACUCAACCUGCUGACGUGUCAGGUUAAACCCAGCGUGGAGGACAAGAAAUGCUUUGACCUCAUCUCUCACAACCGGACCUACCAUUUCCUGGCUGAGGAUGAGGCUGAGUGUGUGGCAUGGAUCUCGGUGCUCAGUAACAGCAAGCAGGAGGCUCUGAACAUGGCUCUGGACGGAGGGAGGAGGGGGGGAGGAGGGGGGGAAAGCAGCGUGGAGGAUCUGACCCGAGCCAUCACCGAUGACAUCCGUCGGAUGCCUGGAAACAACUACUGCUGCGACUGUGGAGCUCCAGACCCUGAAUGGCUCUCCACAAACCUGGGGAUCUUGACCUGUAUCGAGUGUUCGGGCAUCCACAGGGAGAUGGGGGUCCACGUCUCCAGGAUCCAGUCCCUGAGCCUGGACAGUCUGGGGACUUCAGACCUUCUGUUGGCCAGGAACGUUGGGAACUCUGGUUUUAACGAAAUCCUGGAGGCAAAUCUACUGAGUCCAUCCCUGAAGCCCUCCCAGUACAGCCACAUGGCGGAGCGAAAAGACUUCAUCCUGUCGAAGUACCAGGAUGUCCACUUUGUGCGGCGGAACCACAGUUCCAGCGCGGUGCUGCGGCUCGGCCUGCAGGAGGCGACCAAGAGCUGCGACAUUUACAGCCUCAUCCAGCUGACCUCGCUCCACAUCCUGGACUUCCUGGCUCAGAACUGCUCCAACAUGGACGCGCAGACGUCGGCGGGGAACACGGCUCUGCACUACAGCUGCCUGCACAACAAGAGCGACUGCGUCAAGCUGCUGCUGAGGGCCCGGGCCAAGAUUCACAUCAAGAACGAAUUAGGAGAAUCUGCUCUGGACGUGAGCCGCCGGCUGAAGCACAGCCACUGUGAAGAGCUGCUGCAGCAGGCUCAGUCCAACCAGUUCGACCAUCACGUCCAUGUGGAAUACGAGUGGAGGCUUCGUCAUGAAGAUCUGUACGACAGUGACGACGACUUUGAAGACAAGGUAACCACGGCAACGGCGUGUCCUCCGAGCCGAGUGAAGAAGGAGCGCUGCUCGUCCUCAUCGUCCUCGGCCUUCACCCCCUCCUUCUCCUUCUCCUCCCGUCCUUUCGGCUUCAGUCAGUCCACGCCCUCUUCUUCCUCCUCGGCGCCGGGCUCCUCCACGGCGCCCGGCGGAGGCCUUCUUAGUGUCGGGAGGAGGCUGGCCAUGGCCAUGGAGCUUCACAGCCGUCCGUCAGGCUCCGCCCCCAGCCCCCCCCCUCCUCCACCGUCCUCCCCUGCUCCCCCGCUGCCGCCCCGGGUCAAAGCUCCUAGCGUUCCUCCUCCGCCUCCUCCUGCGGGAGGGGAUGGAGGGAGGGAGGAGGAGGAGGAAGACGGUGAGGUCUUCUUCCCUCUGGCAGGAAGCAGAAGGGCCACCCCUCCCCCUCCCAUCGCCAUCAGACACAAGAGGACCUGCUCGGAGUCUAACUCGCACGAUUACGGGUUACCGACCAGUCCCCGGAUCUACGGCGGGCCAGACUCCUCCUUCAAGAAGUGCGUCCCAGCCUCCCCUCUCAUCUCGCUGACCGAACGACCAGACAGAGGUUUCCGGCGGGCAGAGAGUGACACCAUCUCCAGCUACUUGUCGAACCAGGUGGCUAAAGCCCCGCCCAACGGGUCUCCCACCAAUCACCGCUCCCAGAGCUUCGACAUGGACAGGAGAGGCCCCGCCCCCCAGCCCCUUCCCCGCAGAUCAUUGCCUCGGGGAUCGGCCAGCAGGCGGGCCCAGGCGCUCUACGACUGCCAGGCCGACCACCACGACGAGCUGAGCUUCUGCGAGGGCCAGGUGCUGGUGGUCCUGGGCCAGGAGGACAGCGACUGGUGGCACGGCUACAUAGAGGAUGAGCCGGACCAGAGGGGCUUGUUUCCGUCCUCCUUUGUCCAGCUGCUGUCUGACUGAGGCUGAGCCCGGACCAGACCAGGAGCCGGCUCCAGAACCUGCGGCCGGGCGCCUGACCUCAGCGCCGGUCAGCGUCUCCGGUCGGGUCGGACUCCACCUCCUGGAACCCCCGCAGCGGGCUCACCCAAUCACGGUCCUGCCGUUGUCGUCGUCACGGAAACCGGUAUUCCUCAUGCCUUCUUGUUACCAUGGAAACGUUGCGGAUGACCUUUGCGUGAAGACUCCGGGCUGCUUGCUGUUGUCAUGUGGACCGGGUCAGGUAAUGUUGCCAAAGAGACGACCUCACACCGACUCCAGGCUUAUGUGUCCAGUGCCGCUAUUUAUGUAUUUAUUUAUUUAAAAAUGAAAACAAGAAAAACUUAAGUGGGCUGUUAUUUGAACAUUCGGAUGGACUACUUUUUUUUCCACUCUAGCUUAGUUGUCGGAAUUUGAUCUCAGAUGGCCGAUUCUGUGAAACCAAUACCAGCAAAAAGCUGCCGCGGGUCAGGACUCUGGGACACCAAAGCUCCUUCUUCAGGAACAGGACCAACACACAAACACACGUUUCCAGGUCUGUAAAGGGACUUCAGAGGAGGUGGACACCUCAACCAGUGAGCACAGCAGCCUGUCGCUGCCCCCCCCCAUCCCUACAAACGCGUGUUGGGUCUUGUUAAAGUAUCAAGAUGUUCUGUUUCUUCAUAUUUUACAACCUUACCCCUGAAAACCACGUAGGAAGAAAUAUUUCAACAAAAAACCUCAACGUGAAAUGGGGUGUACGGCAACCCGUGAGGCUCAAAUGAAUCAGCUGCAAUGCACAGCUUUCUAUUUUUCAAUGCAGCUGUUUUGGUUGGUCUCCCACUCAGAAUACAUGGAAUGUAUGAGGCUAAUGUUGUUUUUACCUCUUUGGUCUGUAAAAAAAAAAAAAAAAA